AUACUUAGAUCCUUCUUUGGUCCCUAACAGUGCUGAAGGGGAACAUUUUAAGGAGGAAGAUACCAGUACAGAUGAUUUUAAUCCUGAUUUCAAAACUCAAGACAGACCAUACAUUGCCGGUCCUGAUUAUGCACAGUUCAUGGACCCUACUUUCAGAACAUUGCAGACUCAGUUGGUUCUUGAACAACUUAGAGGAAAAGGUCCAAAUGAAAAAGUCGACAUUCAGCAGUUAGUGAGGGCUUCCAAGUUUGAUUUCAACCCUAAAGUUUUGGCGAAGUUGGCCAAAUCUCUUGAACCAGCAGAAGAAAAUACAGUAAAUGAAGUAGACGAAGGUCUAAUGAUCACUGUAUCUGGCGUCGACGCUGGAUAUAAAAUCAACGAAAGCUUGUCAAGUCUAAAUAAUGAAUUAAUUGAUCAAAACAGUCCAGCACCAUUUCAAGCCACAGACAAUUUAAUAUCAGUCAGUGCAGCAUUGGAACUCAGCACAUCUUUACCAGGUUCUCAAAUAGAAGAUGCCCAUAUUCCAUUUUUGCCAAAGACCUUCAGGGCAAGUGUCGAAUCUAUUGAAAAUGCCAGUAUAUUAUCUGGAUCUGCUAUUGAAGAUUACCCUCGUUUAAGUCCAAGUCUACUAAAGCAGAUCAUAACGAACAUGAAACAAUCGGACAGCACCUGGAAAAUCAAUAAUCAACCCAAUGUAGAAUCAUCACUCCCAUCGAAAUCUUCAAAUUAUUACAAACUGAAUACAGAUCAACUCGAGAAGGAAAGUUUCAAAUGUCCGAAUUUAAUGAAUUUGAGCCGCGUCUCAAAUCCCCCCAAAACCGGUUUUAACUAAGCGACGGUUUAAAAAUUGAAUGCAAUUUUAAGUGGGACCAACCAUAUUCAUGAGCCUCGUCUUAAAUUUAAGCCGCGGAUAAA